UCAUCCAGAGCCAACACAGUUCUCUGAUAGGAGCCUUCAUUUCCUCAUCUGGAACCCAGGAUCCCUUUUGGGCUUGGCAUGAAGCCUGAACAAGAUAUCAAUUCAAAUGAGGGCUGCCACCCUGACAAGGCCCUUGGAUAAAAGGCCAGCACACCUGUGUCCUGCUUCUUCCUCUCCAACCUGGAUCAUGCUCCGGCUCCUUCCUGCCCUGGUGCUCCUGGGGGUGCUGGUCACUCCAGAAGGGACCUCCAAGACCUGUCCAGCCUGUGCUUCGCCAGGUCACUGCAGGGACAUCCUCUGUCCUUCAGCCCAGGACUCCUGCCUGCUCAGCCAGAUGCAGCUGGAAAAUGGGACUGUGGUGGACAGCGGAUCAUGUGUGGCCCCUGGGCGGUGCCGGGAAAGCAUCACCACCCUGACCUACGGCCCCAACUCCACGCUCUGGGUCAGCACCGCCUGCUGUGCAAACAGCUGCAGCAUCACUGGGCCACCACAAGAGCCAGGCCCCGAGGCCAACCAUGUGACAUGUCAAUACUGUUCUGGGAAUAAGUCGGCCCCAUGUGACUCCCUUUCGGUCAUGAACUGCACGGGGAACCAGACCAAGUGUGUCACCCUCAACGGGACAUGGAGUGGAGGGAACCCCCAAAUCCUGAAGGGCUGUGCUACACCAGACGUCUGCCACCUGCGAGUGAAUGACACCCUGGGCCCAGAGGCAUCUGGAUUCCGCCUCACCUCACAGCCUGGUUGCAACCCUUCUCCCACACAACCAGGCGCUCUUCUGGAAGGUCCCCAUGCAGCUGUGACCCACACCAACCCAAAGCCCACCAUCUGUUUCACCUGCUCGGACCUCCAGCACUGCGACCCUCUCCCCUGUCCAGAGGACAGAAACUACUGCCUUCAGACAGCAGGCAUCACCGCCUUUGGGGAUGGGAAUUCCUUCUCCUGGAGAAAUGGUUCCUGCGUGGCCUCUACGGACUGCACAUUGAGCAACUCCAUCUCUGGCUUGACCUAUGGCAUCGGCCUUGGCUUCUGGGUCAACACCACCUGUUGCCAAGGCAACUGCCAGGAGCCCACCCGGCUUGCAACUCUGCCGGCCUCACGCACCUUGACCAAGUUCCUGUGUCCUACGUGCCCCAAGGACCAGUCUGGCUCCUGCCGCUCCUCCUUCUACCUUCAGUGUCCCCGUGGGGAGACCCAGUGUGUCCAGCUGGACCUGACAUUGGAUGAAGGCGGCCAGAACGUGAGCAUGCGCGGCUGCGGCUCCCGAGACCUGUGCAGCUCCCGGGCAGUGACCGAGAAGCUCCGGACUCUUUCGGACCUUUCUGGUCUCCGCCGCCUCCGGCUGUCCCGCCGGCCUAACUGCAACCCCAGCCGCCGCGCUGUCCUGGAGAACCAGUGCCUCUCCAGCGCCGCGGGCGGCCUCCGCCUGGCCCUGCCCCUGCUGGCGGUGGCCCUGGGGGCAGCAAGGCUCUGCUGAGAAUGCCAAGCCCAGACGGAUCCCCCCACCCCACCCCCAGGGCGCGCCUGGGGCCUGGAAACUUCUAUCCACGAAGUCAGGAACCAGGGGUGAGCCUGCUCUCUCAGACUCUGCUUCCCAAAGGCCAAGCCUCAGACUAAGCUUCCCCAAGGCUAUGCCCUCUUCCUCGUAGCAAGGUCCCCAAAAGCUGGACCGCCUGCAUCGGCGCAGAAUCCCCUGCUGUCUUCCCCCCUUUCUAAGGCCACCGGCUCACUCCACGCUGAGGCCAGGCUUCUUCCUGCUCCACUAAAGCUACCCUUGCGUCCUCAGAUAAGGGUACUCAAGGCCGAACCUCCUCACCCUACACCGUUCUGUUCUUCCCAAGAUUGAAAAUGCCCACAUUCGUCUUAAGAUCAGAGAGCCCCAAAAGCUAAGCCUACCUCCUCAAACGAGGGAACCCCCAACGUGAGACUAAGUUCUCUCCAACACUGGGAAGCAAAAUCCUCCUCUUUCUGUUUUCCUCUUCCGGCAAAGUCCUAGAAACCAAGGUGAGGCUGGAGGACCCAAUACACCCACUCCCGAGGCUUUUAGAGCAGCCCAUUCCAGUCUUGACUGGGCCAGGAUGGGCAGAUAGCUGGGUGGGGUGAGGAUCCCCCUCUUGUCGGGUUUUUUUCUCCCAGCAGCAACCAAAUUAAGUGAAUUGUGUCUCACAACACCAAGUGGUUUGAGUUUCCUUUUUAUUUUGAAGUUGCAGCCUCAAACAGAGCCCUGAUACAAUCUGCUUUCACCUGUGAGGCCAGAAGGGGCUAGGCCUAUCUUCAGCCAGGGAUUCUGGGACCUGGAGUGAGGAGUGCUACCGAUGACAAUGUCUGGGAGCCAGGCGGAUACAGGAUCAGAUGUCAGUCUGAAGUGGGAGUCAUUUUGGAGUAAGCACCAAACAAAAAGGAUUGUGCAGAGAGGUAAAAAAAAAUGGGGAACUCACAGUAGGCAGAAUGCCAGGAACCAUCUGUUUCAGCUGAAAGUAACAGAAAGCCCAGCCAAAAGAACUCAGACCAUUCGCCAUUCAUCUAACAAGUGUUUAUUGAUCAUACCCUAAGCAUCAAGCACAGUUCUACUGGUAGGUGUUGGGGAUACAUACAAAAGUCUAUCUUUUUGUGGUGGUUGUGUUAUAGUGAGGGGGAUAGAUAAAAUAAAAAUCACGUAUAAUAUGCCAGAGAGCAAUAAGUAUUAUGGAAAGAACAAUACAGGGAAGAGGACUAGGAGUGUGGCCAAGAGGUCUGGUUUUUUGUAGGAUAGCUUCAGCAAGAUGGCAUUUGAGUAAAGACCUGAAGGGAAGGGAGAGUGCUGUGCAGAUAUCUGAGUGGAGGAGGGGGCAUUUCAGCAGAGAAAACUGCAAAUGCAAAGGCCCUGAGACAGGCUCAAUAAGAUAGUUAAUAUUAUACAGUAUAACAAAGUAGAGAUAGGUAUUUAGGGGGUCAUUGAUUCAGUAGUUCAAAGUUGUAUUAGUCAUCUUUCCCAUUGCUGGAAACAAAUACCCAACACCCACAACUUAAAGGAGGAAAUGAUUUAUGUGGCUCAUGAUUUCAGAGAAUUCAGUCCAUGGUAAGCUAGUUUCAAGGUAGGAAUGCGAUGGAGAAAGGGGAUGGUGGAGCAAAGCUGCUUAGUUCUUGUUAGCUGGGAAGCAGAGCAAGGAAAUAGCCCUCAGGCGGAAGGGAUGAGGGAGGUCUUUACAGAUGUAAAAUCUAAGGUUAUGCCUCCAUGACCCAAUCAGACUCACCCAGAAGUAUGUUUUACUA